UCUGAGGGUGUCUCCAGAACCUGAUCGACCGCUGCUUCUUAAAGGUCUCUCGUCACACGAGGCCACAUGGACUAGUUUGCUAAUAACAGAAUGUCACAUUGGGUUUAAUUGGAGCGUCAGCUGCUGCUGAGAGGAGAGACGUCUGAAGAAAUCACGCCGCUGUCGCCUGCGGCCCAACACCAGACCGGACCGGACCGGCAGCUGGAAUUAGACUCCUGUGUGCUCCGGGGCCCGGCGGCCCUCAAAACAACAUCCUUCACACAAGGUCAUAGAGACGAGACGAACAGAAUCAUGGACGGGUCGAGUGACACCUUCAUCUUCACACGAAGACUGACAUUAAACAUCUGAUCUGACCAGAGCACACAAAUAGAGCUCGUAUCUCAUGAUCAUUUUAGUGUUUUUGUUGUUGUCUAGAAAGAAAUGGAUUAUUAUUAAUACAAUCGUAGUUACCAGUCGAAUAUUAGUGAGUACAGGAAAUGUUAGUAAAAAAGAGUUGUAGCUUUUCAGUAUUUAAGUAUAUAAGUAACAUUUAAAAAAAACAAAUUUAGUUGUUAUUUCAUUGCCGUUUUAGUUUAAACUUGGCGUUUAUAUUUUUUAAGUUUUAAAUGUAUUUAAGCGUAUGCUAGUAACACGGGUAUUUCCGGUUUUCGUUUAAUAGCUCCUAGACGAGUCAUAAAAAAGAAUCCGUUCAAACGAGUCAUUUGUCGAACGAAUCAUCUCAUUCAGACGGUAUUCACAAACCCGAAAAACGAGACGCGCGACAGGAAGUAGAUGAAAACCGCUUUAUUGUGUGUUUUCUGCGAUCGGGGAAAGCGCGCGUGACGUCACGCGCCGCCUCCAUGGCAACCGUGGAACUUUGACGUCACAGAGCUCGCGUUCUUAGAAUCUCUAGUUGAGUGAUAUUCGGAGCGAUUACUGAUCCAGAUAUACUCAUUCUGUACUAACCGUGUGCAUCAGACACAGUCUAAACUGAUAAUAUCACACAAAGAUUAAUUUAUUUUUUAUUUGUCAGCAUCACCACACCAGACCCAAUGUCUUCAGAGGCCAGAGAGGUGCUUCUGGAGGUUUACAUCAACGGUGUCCUCUACUCUGCUGAUAGUUACUCGGCUUUCGAUGAUAAAGAUGUGCAGCUGGAGUUGGAGAUCACUGACGCCGUCUACGAGCCUGUCGGCUGCAGCUCAUCUCAAGAGGUAGAGGUGAGGUUGCAGGUCUUAACGAACGAUCAGGUCUCCGUCAGAUACUACAGUCCUGGAGAGAUACGCCUGGAGGUUCAGGAGGACAACGUCUCAGUCUGCGAAGUGAACGAUUUGCAGCUGGAGAUGAACAGGAACGAAGGCAUCUCUGAGUUGACGAACCCUCCGCUGGUGAUACACCAUGAAGAUCUGAACCAACUGGAGGAGAACCACCCAAGAGAAAGCACUGCUAUGCAAAUGUUUAAGAAAAUUAAGACAUUCUUCAAACAAAUGCAUCCAUUUGACCUGAGAAGAAAUGAGAGAUCUGUUGGACAACCUGAAGUGGAUCUUCUGGAUCCUGAGGAAUCCUGUGUCCCAGAUCCAAGAGCUCAAGAGCCAGAACCUAAAAUGGAUCUGGUCGAUACAGAGCAAUGGUUUAUUUCUGAAAGGGAUCUAGUUGUUCCCCCAGAAAUGGAUCUGUUUCUUCCUCCAGAAUUGGAUCUGGUUGCUGUUCCUGAACUUAAACUGGAUGUGGAUGAUUCAAAGGAAUUACAGGUCAUCCCAAAAGAAAGUACCAAAGCGACGAAGAUUAAAGAAGUUGCCAGCUUCGUCCUGACCAAGGAAGCAGAAUACGUUGCAGUGAGGAACAUACAGAAAAUUAGCAUCUCAGCACAGCCUGAGAUGAACCUGAGUGUUCCUAAACAAGAACCUGAAGAGGAUCUGGUUGUUUAUACAAAACCUAAACGAGGUCAGAUUGAUUCAGUGGAACUGUACCCUUUGGGUCUAUGUGCUCAAGAUUUAGAGUCUGAAGAGUAUCUUGUGCUUCCUUCAGAACCUAAACAAGGUCCGGUUGAUUCUGUGGCACUGUACCCUCCGGCUCUAUGUGUUCAAGAAUCAGACUCUGAAGAGGAUCUGGUCGAUCCUCCUGAACCUAAACUAGGUUUGGUUGAUUCUGUGACACUGUACCCUCGGGGUCUAUGUGUUCAAGAAUCAGACUCUGAAGAGGAUCUGGUUGAUCCUCCUGAACCUAAACUAGGUUUGGUUGAUUCUGUGACACUGUACCCUCGGGGUCUAUGUGUUCAAGAAUCAGACUCUGAAGAGGAUCUGGUUGAUCCUCCUGAACCUAAACUAGGUUUGGUUGAUUCUGUGACACUGUACCCUCGGGGUCUAUGUGUUCAAGAAUCAGACUCUGAAGAGGAUCUGGUCGAUCCUCCUGAACCUAAACGAAGUUCAGUUGAUUUGGUGGAACUGUACCCUCCGGGUCUUUGUGCUCAAGAAUCAGAAUCUGAAGAGUAUUUUCUGGUUCCUUCAGAACCUAAACAAGGUCUGGUUGAUGCAGUGAAACUGUACUCUCCAGGUUCAAUCGUUCCUGAUCCAGAGCAUGAAUAUGAAUGGGAUUUGGUGGAUUAUGUGGAACUUUAUCCCGCAGGUCCAAGCGUUCCUAAACCAGACCCUGACAAGUAUCCAGAUGAUCCUCCUGAACGCAAAUUGAAUGUGGUUGAUUCGUUGGAACUGUGCGCCUGGGGUUCAAGCUUCCCUGAGCCACAACCUGAAGUAAAUCUGUUUGAUUCGAUAGAGUUGUGUGCCCCAGGUGAAAGCGUUCCCAAUCCAUACCUUGAAAGGUAUGUGGCUGAUUUAAAACAAUCUGAAGUGGAAUCUGAGCUUUUAAGCUUGGAAAACUACGUCCCUCUAAAUGUGUUCCAACUGGAGCAACGUUUGAAGAAUUGCAAACAGCAGCAGAGUCAUGUGACUAACAUCUGGACCAGGCUCUUCAUCGGAGAUGAAGAGAUCGCCACGGACCGAGAUGCUCUGCGGGAGAUGUGCAUCACUCACAUCCUCAACGCCGCAGCCCCAAAGAAAGACCUGAAGUACCUCCUGGGAAGAUGUUCUAAAGACGACGUCGCAGGAUCGGUCAAUACAGGGUCCAUAUAUUACAGAGGCUUGCACAUCAAUUAUUACGGCUUGCCUACCGCUGACAGACGCUGUUCAGACAUCAGCAAGUACUUCAGACCGGCUGCUAAAUUCAUUGACAAGGCCCUGCGAAAGCGAGCGAAUAAGGUGCUGAUUUGCUGCAAGCAGGGUGUGGAGCACUCGGCCACUCUGUUACUGGCGUAUCUGAUGAUCUACCAUGACAUAAUGCUGGAGGAAGCCAUCGAUUACGUCAUAAAGUGGAGACGCAUCGAGCCCUCCAGAGACUUCCUGGAGAAGCUGAUGCUUCUCAACGCUGACCUUGUGCAGAAGCGCAAACUCAAGCUGCAGGACAUGAAAGCAGGGAAAAAAAAGAAAAGAUGGCAGCUAAAAAAAAAGUAGAGAGUGCAUAGGAAAAAUGCUCACAAAAAGCAAAAAAAAAUGAGAGUAGUGUACAAAACUGUACAAAUUAGAAAGUUAUUAUUUUUCAUUAUGUUUUUAUUAUGUUUUAGAAUUUUGAAUUAUGUUGAGUUUUAAGAUUAAUGGUAAUGUCUGUAAAAUUACCAGAUUCUCUGAAAUGAGCCGGCAGAAUGUGCCUUUUACUUUUUCAUGUAUUUAUUUCUUGCACUCUAGAUGAGGAAGUGCACAGUUAAAAUAAGUUAUUGAUCAGAUAAGUAAAAAAUAUGAAAUAAAAAAAUGUAAAUAAUGAAAUAGUAAGAAAAAAAGUA